AUGGAAGACGCUCUUGCAAACCAGCAAACUAUCUUCCACUCAAUUGCUCGAGCUCUCGACAACUUCAAAAAGAUUGGUCGUUCUAAUUUGACGGCCGCAAAGAUUCGCUCACGGAUUGCGACUUUACAAGCUCAAUGGACUCAAGGUGUGCACAAUCACACCAUUCUACUUCAACUUGUUCCAGAAGAUGAUCAAGGUUCAAUUAAUUAUUUCAAGAAGAAUCAAUUCGACCUUCACGAAGAUCUCUACCAAUCAGCCCUGGAUCAUAUGAACGAAUGCCUAGAAGACCUGGUUUCUGUCGUAAGUCGAGAUACAUCCCUCGAAACUUCUUUCGCGCAAAUUGACGCAUCGUCACUCUCGUUAAAGCAUCUCCCUCCUAUUAAAUUACCGCCUUUUUCUGGAAAAAACGAGGAUUGGGAGACCUUUCGCGACCGCUUUCAGUCGUUGAUUAUAGAUAACAAAGAAUUGUCAAAUUUCACUCGUAUGCAUUUUUUGAUCUCUAGUUUGACAGGUUCGGCCCGCGAUGCGAUAUCGGGAAUCAAAGUAACCGCCGAGAAUUUUAAGGUCGCGUGGAAAGCGUUAACCACGCGGUUCGAGAACAAACGACGGUUGAUCGAAGUCCAUGUGUCGACCUUAUACCAUCUUCCAAAGAUGACUCGCGAAUCAGCGUCAGAACUUCACGAGUUGCGAGAUAAAACGGAACAAGCGUUAGCGACUUUGAAACGUCUUGAUCGUACAGCAGAGGAUAUUGUAAGCGAUAUAUUAGUAUACUUCAUUUCACAAAAGUUUGAUUCUGCUACGCGUCGGGCGUGGAAACUGAAGAGUAGCGAUAACGAAAAUCCUCCAACGUACAAAGACUUGAUACGUUUCAUAUCUUCGCGCGCUAUAGCGCUUGAGGAACUCCAUCCUCAUGAAAGCGAUAAAACAAGGUCACAUUCGAGAGUGACAAGCGCCACCGCAACUGCGUCAAUUAAUUUGUCAUGUCCAAUCUGUAAACAAUCUCACCUCCUCUCUAAGUGUCAACAAUUUCUUUCAAUGAGCACGAAUCAACGACGCGAAUUGAUAAAGAAACUUAAGCGAUGUUUCAAUUGCUUAAGCGAUAAGCACGUAGCACUUAAUUGUCCGAGUAAAUUCACGUGUCGCAACUGUAGCAAGCGGCAUCACACGAUGAUCCACGUUGACUCGGGCUCAUUGCAACAAACAACGAGCAUUCCUGUGUCAUCGAAUUCGCAGGAUGUUACUAAUAUAUCAAAUGUCACAGCGCUUUCAGCGGUCACGUUAACUACAUCACCGACUCCUGUGGUGUUGUCUACGGCAACGGUAAAAAUACAUUCGCUUUCUGGACGUUCAUUAACUGUCAGAGUCCUACUUGACGGUGGUUCAGAACUCACAUUUCUUACGGAACGCGUCGCGCAAAUUUUACGCUUACCUCGUAUGCAAACAUUUACUUCAACUUCGGGGAUUAGUUGUGCAGAUACCGGUACAUGUCGAUCUGCCGCGUUAAUUAAUAUUUCGCCUCGCGAUAAACCUGAGCCAACCUUCACCACGGUAGCUUACAUCAUGAGAUCAUUAACAAAGUAUGCUCCCAGACACGCUUCGUCAUUACGUGACUGGAAACACAUCUCCAACUUGACUUUAGCGGAUGACGAUCCGACUGGAUCAACUCCUAUCGACCUCAUUAUUGGAGCUGAUUUGUAUAGCAAGGUUCUUGUCAAUAGACGCAAUGGACCCAUAGGUCAACCAGACGCUAUACAGUCGCAUUUCGGGUGGAUUCUAUCUGGACCUACGUCAAUUCCUAAUCAUGUCAUACAAAACACCCAUGUAGUCGGCUCUACUUUGGUUUCAUCGCAUGUCGAAGCCCAACCUCAAGGCUCAUCAUUACCUAGUUCACAACAAAGGUAUCAUGCAGUUGCUCAUUGCUGCUCCUUGGAACGGCAAUUAUGUAAGUUUUGGGAGGUUGAAGAAACUCCUCAACAUGUUUAUGCGUCCACAGAAGAUAAACAAUGCGAGGAUCACUUUCAACGCACACAUACUAGAACAGCAGAUGGCAGAUAUGUCGUGCGACUCCCAUUUAAGGAAGGCCCGCCCAUUAAAAUAGGCGACUCUCGCAGCAUAGCUGAACGCCGACUCUCGUCGCUAAUUCGUAAAUUUGCUCGUCAAUCCACACUUGCACAAGAAUAUUCGGACUUCAUACGCGAAUAUGAGCAAUUAAAUCAUAUGAAGCAAGUCGCUCCUUUGCAUUCAAGUAAUGUUCAAGCGACUUAUAUACCUCAUCAUCCAGUCAUCAAGGAGACAAGUUCGACAACCCGUUUAAGAGUCGUGUUCGACGCUUCUGCCUCACAUCAAAUGGAACGUCUCUCAACUCUCACAUGUACACCGGCCCAAAACUGCAAUCCGAUCUACAAGCAGUUAUAUUGCGCUGGAGCUCGCACUCAACUCUGUAGUUUGUUGAACCGUGGUGGUUUUGAUCUCCGGAAAUGGGCCAGUAACAACUCAGAAUUGCUUUCAGAUAUUCAGCCCGACAAUCAUGGAUUGGCUUACCCUAAAAAUUUGGAGACUGAUGAUAGUCUAAAAAUCCUCGGUUUUGAGUCCGGCACGGCAACUGUGGAAUUACACGGGUUCGCGGACGCAUCCACAAUCGCUUACGCAGCAGUGGUGUUUUUACGCGUGACAUCUUUCUCUGGGAAAAUUACGGUCUCGCUCAUUGCUGGGCGAUCUAAAGUCGCGCCUCUUAAACCAAUGACGGUUCCUCGCCUCGAACUUUCUGCUGCAGUUCUGCUAGUUCGCUUGAUGGACUUUAUCAAGCAGUCACUUCAUUUAAGCGACAUUGCGAUUUAUUGCUGGACAGACUCCACUGUAGUUCUCGCAUGGCUCAAGAAGCACCCCUCAAAUUGGAAAACUUUUGUAGCUCAUAGAGUAGCCGAGAUCCAGACACGAUUACCAACCGGUCGUUGGCAUCACGUAAACACUAAUGAAAACCCCGCAGACUGUGCUUCGCGCGGAUUACUCGGCCGAGAUUUGAUAUCCGUCAACCUAUGGUGGCAUGGGCCGUCAUGGUUGCAUCUUCAUUCUGAUGAGUGGCCUCAUCAAAUUCUAUCAGAGCACCACGAAACUCAGUUGGAACUGAAGGCAUGUGAAGCUCAUCAAAACAGUACUCGUGAAGAUUGGAGUAUUGCUGCACGGUAUUCAUGGUGGCCAAAGUUGAUACGCGUCACUGCAUAUAUAUACCGAUUCAUAAACAAAUGCCAACGGAAGCCCGCGGCAGAUCACAAAGAUCACGUCCUGUCUCACGCCAUUACAGCAUCUGAGUACAUGCACUCUCGUAACUUUUGGUUGCAUAUGAUUCAAGCAGAGGUGUUCAAAGAAGAACUUUACUUACUCAAGUCAAACAAGGAGUUAUCAAGAAACAGCGCUCUGAUAUCGUUAAAUCCAUUCCUAGACGCAGAUGGUCUACUCCGCGUUGGCGGAAGAUUGGAGCAUUCUCAUCUACCAUUUCAAUCCAAACAUCCAGUUCUACUAGCUGAUCAUCCAAUCACUACAAUGCUCAUUCGCUACACGCACAUAACCUCUCUGCACGCCGGUCUUCAAUCUACCUUGUCUAAAAUUCGCCAAGAAUUUUAG